AUGUCCGAAUCAAAACGCUGCAUGAAGUGUCGCGAACUUACACUUGAAAAAAUUGUUGAUGACGGGUAUUUGAUAGCUCCUAAUGCCCUCGACUUCCUUUUCAAACCGACCAGCGAGCAGGAAACUUGCGACGUAUGCUCGAUUAUCCGCCACUCACUCAGAUAUGAUCGGGGCAAGUUGCGAAUAUAUACAAAUUCCUCCGAGGUGGAGAUGUCACUAUUUAUUUUCAGAAACCCCCCAAGUUUCUCUGGUCACCGCCUCCAGCAAUUAGAUGUCAUCGCAAUGCCUUCGAGACUGAGGGGAGGUCACUGGGUUGGGGGCACUGAUGGGUACUGGCAUUUUGGACCGCCUGAUGAUAAGCCUCAGAUCGCUCGAGGCAUAAUUGUAGUGCAUUGUGGCCAAGCUUCAUUCAUGAAUAAUCGCUUGCCCGCCCAAAAUGUCGAGGCCACCGAGUCAGCAAAGGUGGCAACUAGGUGGCUUGACGAAUGUUUGGAGUCUCACGGUGGCAGAUGUGCUGCUAAUGAGUCUAGCAAGCUCCCUACUAGGGUGGUCGAUGUUGGCUGUGGAGAUGACUUUGCGCAGCUUAAAUUGACAGAGCCGAAUGGCCAGAGCGGUAAAUAUGCGGCGUUGAGUUACUGCUGGGGAAAGACCCCGUUCUUUAAGUUGACAUCGACUAAUAAAGAAUCUUUAAUGAAGUCGAUACCCUUUGAACAGUUACCACAGACAAUUCAAGAUGUAAUCCGCUUUACGAAAAUGCUAGGGAUUCGAUAUCUAUGGGUAGAUUGCCUCUGUAUUAUUCAGGGGGUCGAUGAGGAAGCACGAGAAGACUGGUUGAAAGAGUCACAACAGAUGAUGACAGUAUUCGGGGAGGCAUUUUUAACCAUUUCUGCCUCCGGAUCAGCGAACGCCCAUGAAGGCAUCUUCAAGGAGCGUACGAAAGAAAAUAAGCAGCAUUGCACUAUCCCUGCGUCAGAAUCCAACAGUACCCCUAUCCUUCUCAACUUCAAUAGCCGGAAAAUCCUGCCAGAGAACGAACCACUCGGCAAAAGAGGCUGGACAUUCCAAGAAAACAUCCUACCUAGAUUAGGACUUUCGAUGACCCUGGAAGCAGAGGCAUUGUUGCUUUACACUAACUGGACUAAAAUUGUUGAUAAAUACAGUUCUACCUCACUCACACUGAUUUCCGAUAGGUUGGCAGCGAUUCAGGGUAUUAUAGACUUUAUCCAAGUCAGAUACCAAGAAGACACUUGUGUUGCAGGAUUGUGGAAAAGGGAAUUGCUAGCACAACUUCUCUGGAAGCAUACUCUCCGAAAAGAGAGCUGCUCUAAAUCUUUGAAAUUUCCCGACAACUCAUGUUUUGGAUCAAAACCGAACGAUGAACAAUCCCAGAAAAAUCGACCAGCACAGAUCUUGUUCGCCUCACCAACCCGUACCAUGAUACGGGGAGGACUGAAGAAAAUCGACACGAUUCGACGGGUAACCCGGGGCGAGUAUAACGGGCUUUAUGAACUAUUCCCUCCUUGGCGAAACUUCACUGCUAGCAUGCAGACUUGGAUCGACGAUGUGGUGUUGGCGGUCCCUAGAGUGGGCUAUAAGGCCGAAUCCGCCAACCCGCCAAUUUAA